GUGUUAUUUUGUACUUAAAAAUAAGAGGAGGGAAAAAAAGGGAAAAAGAGUUAAAAAGCAUUGAUAUGUUUCUUCAUAAAACGUUUUGCGUAUUAAAGAAUAACAAAAUUCAAACCUUUCCCAGCAAUGACACGUUAAUAAUAGGGAAGUGAAGAAACGAUAACAGGAAAACAAAGAAAAUGUACUGAAAAUUGUAAGAAAUUUCAGGGAAUGAGAAGAAAUGUGAGACAAAUAGAAGACAGAGAGGAAAAUAACACAUGUAAUAAUGAUACAGAAAGUGGAAAAAAAAAGAGGAAAAUAUAAAGAGUUCGUACAGAAAGUCUAGCGAAACUUGCAAGAUAAAAUAAUAAGACGAAUAAAGAGAAAAUAACAUGUAAUGAUGAAAAAAAAGGCAAAAGAAACGAUGACAGAAAAAAAAGAUGAAUUUGUGAAUAAAGCAUAGUGAAACAAAAAAAAUCAUUAAGUGAGAAGAAUAAAACGAAUAGAGAGAGAGAGAGAGAGAGAGAGAGAGAGAGAGAGAGAGAGAGAGAGAGAGAGAGAGAGAGAGAGAGAGAGAGAGACUUGAUGAUGACGUAAAGACGCAAAAAGAUGACAAAUACAUAAAAAAAGUUAAUUUCCUGCGAGUGAUAAGAACAAGACAAACUGAUAAAAAAUAAUAAUAAAAAAAACAUAACGCACAAACACACACACACACACACUGAUAAGGAAGAAAAAAAAUAUUAGCAUACCAAUUGACUCUAAUGACCAUGAUACCACUUGAUAACAUAGACGAGCUGGUACGGGAGACACAAGCUUCCUCCUUCACCACCAUCACUGCCACGACUACUGAAGGAGGCGCAGAAAACUUAGACGACCUCCUGCUGUCUCUCGAGGCCUUCCAGGAGGACUGCAGGAAGCGCCUCUCUCACCUGACGGAGAGAAAAGAUGCGAUGAGGGAACCCGGAGUUGUCACGACAGAAGAAGAGUGUUAUACGGAUGCAGUGAAGGAAGAAGAGAAUGUGGAGAGCGGAAGUGAAAAGGGAGAUAAAAGAGAAGAGAUAAAGGAAGAAAGGAAGACCGAAGAGGAAGAAGAGGAGGAGGAGGAGGAGGAAGAAGUGAGGAUGGCGCUGGAAUCACUGAAGGAAGUUUGCAAUGACUUAUCAACACUAGGAACACCGCAAACAGAAGGACGAUCAGUCAGACCCAAAAUAAAUAAAAGCAGGAUAAAGUCAAUAGAUUUUCAACUCUCCAAUCAAUCAAGCAGUAGUUUCGGUGCGGGCCAGCAGGUGGAGGAGAAGCCAAGACCAAGGAAAGAUUCUGGUUACUCCUUCACUAUUGACAACUUGGAGAAGGAGAUGAAAAACUUACUGGAUAUGUUUCUCACGAAGGAUCCAUCGAGUAGUGACGAUGUUGAUGGUACUAUCGAUAUUACUGCUGCUUCUGCUGCUGCUACUACGCCAGCAUGUCCUCGCUCCCCAACAACCACUACUACUAAUACUUCAUCACCAGUAACCUGCAGCUCUCAAACUACUAUUUCUAUACCACCACGAACUCCAUCUCCAACACCUACCAUCACGUCUACUACUACUGUUACACCACCACAAAGUCCACGCUCACCAACGCUUACCAUCACGUCAACUACAACUGCUUCACCACCACUAAGUCCACGCUCACUAACGCUUACCAUUUCGUCUACUACAACUGCUUCACCACCACUAACUCCACGCUCUCCAACUUCUACUGUUUCUACUAUUACACCACUAACCCCACGCUCUCCAGCCAGUAUUGCUACUACACCACUAACUCCACGGUCCCCAACCACUCCUACUACUACUCCUACAACUAGAACACCACUAUUCCCAUCAUCAGAGAAUCUUGUCUUCACCUACCCUUCAUCCCCCACGUCCCUCUCCUCCUUCACCUUCCCUUCACCAGAACCCACAGCCACACUACAACGCAGAGCUAAAUCCUUAUCGACCCAUCAUAUCUCUUCUCAUUCCCCUUCGUUCUCUCCUUCCUAUCACGUUCUCUCUCCUCCUCCUUCCUCUCCCAGCGAAAGAAGGGAAGAACACCAACACUUCUUCUCCACGAUUAAAGAAGGAAUGAGGAAUUUUGGACGAAGGAACAGUCUCAGGAAAAAGAAGAAGAAAAAGAGACCAGAAAUUGGGGAGCCGCAGGAUUUCAGGACCUUGACAUCCACUACGAGUAUCAAGCCUGAUGCUGAUCCGUGGAGUAAGGCGGUGGAGAAGUGAACAGUGGAUCAAUGAGUGAAGUAGAGAAGGAUUGAAACACCUUAUCUCGAUCUCUUUGAGUUUGACAAGCUGUAGAAUUUUUUUUUUUGGAUUUUUAAGGGUGUUUUCACGAUGAAAUUGGUAGUCUAACAAAGAUUUCACAAGGAUUCUGCAUCAUCAGUGGGAAAAAAGGGUAGAAAAUCCAUCAAAUCAUCCUUUAUAGAGGAUUGGCACACCUCAUUUCAACUUCUUUUUGCUUAAUAGUGGAAGUUACAAGGAGUUUUAAGCAUGUUUUCAUUAUGGGGGUGAUGGUUCAACAAGCAUUCUACAUCAUGAACAGGAAAAACAGCUCGGAGAGAGAAGGACUGAAUAUCUUAUCUCGAUCUCUUUGGUUCGGCAGACUAUACUGGAAAUUACCGGGAGUUUUAAGGGUGUUUUCAUGAUGGGAGUGAAAGUUUAAAAGGGAUUCAGCAUCAUCAAUGGCAAAACUCAUAAAAAUCCAGCAAAUUAUAUUAGAUAGAGGAUUGAAACACCUUAUCCCGAUCUUUUGGCUUAACAGGCUGUAGUGGAAGUUACUGAGAGUUUUAAGGGCGUUUUCAUGAAGGGAGUGGUAGUUUAAUAAGGUUUCUGCGUCAUGAACAGGAAAAACACUCAUAAAAAACACAGCUAAUCAUCUCUGUGGCCUUUGAAAACAGUUCCUAUGAGAGCCUGAAGUAUUUCAAAUUACGAACACAAGGAAUACAAUAACGUUACAGAAUUAGAAACUAUAAAAUGAUAGGUUACAAGGAAAUACAGCACCGUAUGUACAUAUAUAUACUCGUAGAAUUGAAGUACAAAAUAUUAUGUAAGAUGAAGAAAAGCCACAGUAAAAAAGAAAAUAAAUGAAGAAAUAAGAGAAUAUAACAGAAUUACAAGAAACACUAAUUGAGAAAACAAGAGAAUGAGCAGCAAAAUAAAACGAAGAACAAAGAAUAAAGAAAAAAAAAAGAAAGAGAAGAAAGAUUAAACAACAGAAAAGAAGAAUAGGAGAAGGAGAAUGAAGGAGAAACAUGGAAACAACAUACAAGACGAAAAAAAGAAAAGAAAAAAAUAACAACGAAAAAGAAGAGAGAGAAGAUAAAAGGACAAAUACGAGUAUAAGGGUGAAGGAAGGAGAAUAAAGACGAGACGAAAGGACAAAAUACAAGACGGCAAAACAAAGAGGAGCUUGAUAAAGAGAGAAAGAAGCACACACGAGGAAAACGGAGGGAGAGAAAAUAUGAACACGGGAAAUGAGAAAAUACAAGACAGAAAUAGAAGAGAGAGAGAGGAAGAGAGAAAGAAAAAUAAA